GAUCUUCCUCCUCUGUGGUCACAUGGAAAUGAGGAAAUGGCAUCCCAACGUACAUGCACAGGGAUCUUGUAGAUAGCAUGAGCCUUGCUCUCCUUAGUCUGGGAUGUGAAGUUGGGGGAGAGGAGUGCAAUCUUCCUGCAGCUCCUUGCAUCAAGUUUUUUGAGAUUAUAAAAGUAAUAAUUGCUUGCUGUAAAAAUACAGAGUACUGUAAAGCUUCCCACACCCCCCACUGCACUGCCACUGUUAACAGGUAGGUCUGUGAUCUUGCAUUUUCUUUGUGUGUGUGUGUUCAUGCCUGUGAGCAAACAUGCACCAGAUUUUUUUUUUUAAAUAAAUGAGAUAUUAGCACUUACUGUUCUGGAGCACUGUCUCAUUGAACAAUGUAUCUGAGUUAUCUUUCUCAGUUAGUACAUUGUUAUCUUUUUUAUUCUUCCCAAGGUUGCAAUGCAUGGCACCAUGUUGAAACUGGCUCUUCUUAAAAUUCUUGGGCUGUUUUCAGAGUUGCAUUGUUGCUAAUGCUGCUGGCAAGCAUGCCAAAACCUACUCUGAAUAUUUUUGAGUCUCUAGGAGCCAGGGGCUCUAGGUACAAACUACAUCGUAUUCCUGGACAUUUCCUGAAGUGUUACUGGGUCCUUGAAGUUUAAUGAACUGUUCUAGAGUUGAGCUUCCCAAGGAGGAGUUCUUCCAUCCGGCUUUGAAGUUGCUUCUGCGGGGUAGGUUUUCUUGCCAAAGGCAUUUGGAGGAGUAUUUGGGCUUUUGAGGGAAUGUCACAGUUCAGGCUUGUUGGGUCUCACCUGGUUGGGUGGGAGUGGUGCAGGUGGCAAGUCUUCUCUUUCCCACCUCCUUCUCUCAAUCCAAAAGAGGUAGAGGGAGGUGGUUUGGUCCACCUUCCUCGGGUCCUCUUGCCUUUACUUGUCUUGGGUGAGGGCGCAGAGUGGGGUAAACUUAUUGAUUGGAAGAUUUGGGACACUCUCUCCUUCCCCCCGCUUACAAGCAGGGACCUGUAGGGGGAGCUGAUGAUGGCCAGGCUUCUUGAAGAUCAACAUGUCUUAUCUUUGGCGGUUUCAGGGACACACCUCUAUCAACAAACUGAUUUUCAUUUCUCAUUCUUUUUUUCUUUCCUGACUUGGUGACUUAAAUCAGCCCUGCUGAUUUUUAAAGCUCCUGAAGUUAAGCCCCACUGGUUUUCACAGCCAGGUAUUAGGGGGAUUUGUCUUCUCAAUUGUGAGUACCCAGUGCCUCGCGUACCUAGUGUAGGAUCCGAUCUCUUGCUGUGGCAACCCUCCUGUUUGUGGUUAGUCUUGCCAGGGGUUUGGUUGCCAACUGUGUGUCUGUCCCUCCUACCCUUUUCAACAUGGCCUCCUGUAUAUGAUGAACUGUGGGAAAGCCUGCCCUACCAGUCUUCAGGUCGUUUUCAGAGUUGGCUGCAUAGAUGGAGCUGUUAUCUUGGUAUGUCUGUGGGACAAGGUGAGCUCAGGAUCCUCCCAUUCUGCCAUUUUCCUGAUUCCCCAUGUUGAUUGAUAAUAAUAACGAAGACCAGAAUAUUGUUAGGUACCGUUGUGUUGCGCUCUGUACUCAGAUCACCUGCCACUCAUUAGUGUUGACUUGGCCAGGUUCAUUCAUUCAACAGACAUUUCCUGAGUGCUCCCUGUUCCAAUGAACAAAACAGAUAGGAAUCCCUGCCUGUGGAAAGCUUGUGGCCUGGAUGGUGGAGACAGAUCUUCAUAAACAAUGAGUGGCACGAUGCUGUCAGCAAGAAAACGUUCCCCACCAUCAAUCCAUCCACUGGAGAAGUCAUCUGUCAGGUAGCUGAAGGAGAUAAGGAAGAUGUGGACAAGGCAGUAAAGGCUGCCCGGGCUGCCUUCCAGCUAGGUUCACCCUGGCGCCGCAUGGACGCAUCCGACAGAGGCCGCUUGCUGAACCGCCUGGCAGAUCUGAUUGAGCGAGACCGGACCUAUCUGGCAGCCUUGGAGACCCUGGAUAAUGGCAAGCCCUAUGUCAUCUCUUACCUUGUGGAUCUGGACAUGGUCCUCAGAUGCCUCCGUUACUAUGCUGGCUGGGCUGAUAAGUACCAUGGGAAAACCAUUCCUAUCGAUGGGGACUUUUUCAGUUAUACCCGCCAUGAACCUGUCGGGGUGUGCGGGCAGAUCAUUCCGUGGAACUUCCCCCUCCUGAUGCAAGCCUGGAAAUUGGGCCCAGCUCUGGCGACCGGAAAUGUGAUUGUGAUGAAGGUAGCUGAGCAGACUCCACUCACUGCCCUCUAUGUGGCCAACCUGAUUAAGGAGGCUGGCUUUCCUCCUGGCGUGGUCAAUAUUAUUCCUGGAUUUGGCCCCACAGCUGGGGCUGCCAUCACCUCCCACGAGGAUGUGGACAAAGUGGCCUUCACAGGCUCCACCGAGGUUGGCCACCUAGUCCAGGUUGCUGCAGGGAACAGUAACCUCAAGAGAGUGACCCUGGAGCUGGGAGGAAAGAGCCCCAAUAUCAUCAUGUCAGAUGCAGACAUGAACUGGGCUGUGGAGCAGGCCCACUUUGCCCUGUUUUUCAACCAGGGCCAGUGCUGCUGUGCCGGCUCCCGGACCUUUGUGCAAGAAGAUGUUUAUGCUGAGUUUGUGGAGCGGAGUGUUGCCAGGGCCAAGUCGCGUGUAGUUGGGAACCCCUUUGACAACCAGACUGAGCAGGGGCCGCAGGUGGAUGAAACUCAGUUUAAGAAGAUCCUUGGUUAUAUCAAAUCUGGAAAGGAGGAGGGGGCGAAACUAUUGUGUGGUGGAGGGGCGGCUGCUGACCGAGGCUACUUUAUCCAGCCCACCGUGUUUGGAGAUGUGCAAGACAGCAUGACUAUCGCCAAGGAGGAGAUCUUUGGGCCAGUGAUGCAGAUCCUGAAGUUCAAGACCAUAGAGGAAGUUAUUGGGAGAGCCAAUAAUUCCAAGUAUGGGCUGGCUGCAGCUGUCUUCACCAAGGACUUGGACAAAGCCAAUUAUCUGUCCCAAGCCCUCCAGGCUGGCACUGUUUGGAUCAACUGCUAUGAUGUAUUUGGGGCCCAGUCACCAUUCGGUGGCUACAAGAUGUCUGGGAGUGGCCGGGAGCUGGGAGAGUAUGGGUUGCAGGCAUACACGGAAGUGAAAACUGUCACAAUCAAAGUGCCUCAGAAGAACUCCUAAAGAGCUCCACCAGCUCCCUCACUCAUCCAGCGACUGAGGUCAAGGACAUCAGCAGCAAAACCAAGAAAAAUGACCACGAAAAGUCUCAAGAGAGAAAUUCGCUCAUAGAAUCUCUUGAUCAAGAAAGUCCCAGAUUUUGAAUUGGUAAAUGGGGGUGGGUGCAGGGCAAAGAGUACAGGGAGAGCCUUUUACCCUGCAACAGUACUACUGCUAGGUUUCAGGCUGAUUUUUCAAAACUAGAUUCAAAUGUCUUAUCUUGUCCAUCUGGUAUCCUUCUGUAACUUGCCCUUGUGGGGGAACAAAAAGCUAUUGUUUAUCCUUGUACUAACAAGUUGGGGCAACAACUAGUGCCUUCCUUUGUAUUCUGGACUAAAACUCAUUAAAAACAAUGCUGCUGUUCA